AAUAUUUUCAUUUUUCCAUUCAAAUUCUCUUCCUCUUCCUCUCGACUUCGUCUCCUUUGUUCCUUCUCUUUUGUUUCGGUUUCCAUUUCAUUACUUCCAUUGAGCAAUCUGUGUGAGUCGUUAUGAUCAUCGAGCGGCACGGGUGCGUUUUUUCGUCUUCUACAACAUUUCAGGUGGUUUAAACACGGGUCAACGUUGAGAGUUUAUUCGGCAAAUGCAAGUGAAAGAUGUACAGAUAGAUAGCUACACAUUAGCAUGCACAGGAUCCUGGUGUAGGUGUAUUAACAUGUGGCGCCGCCACUCUUGGAGGAUUUGGAGGGGCAGUUUCCUCCGGCGGAGGUGGUGGUGGCGAAUAUGGGUUGUUAUCGAAAGGGGGAGAAGGGGUUGGUUUGAAACAGGAGUGGUUGGUGGCGUAGAGGGGUAUUGAAUGGGGGAAGGUUGGGUUGGUGAAUUGAAAUUGGGGUUUGGGAAUGUGGUUCGUGAAGGAAUGAAUGCAAGACCCAUCAGAACAUUGUGGUGACGACGGCGUAGGAGUUCCAUUCCCAAAACCAGACACAAAACAGCGAGCAUGCGACUAUGGAGAUGAACGAGGAUUUGCAGAGUGAAGAUUAGUAAUUUUUUUCAAUUAUUUUAAUUUUAGAAAAUAUACUAUGUUUUAAUGGUAUAAAUUAGUUUUACAUUACCUGCUGCUAACCAUUACUUUUUUUUUCAUGUCUUUGUUUAUUCACACAGCACACAAAUGGAUUUUACGUAUUAGAUUAAUAUGUAAAGAAAGACGAUAUAGAUUGAUAGUUGUAAUAUCAGAAAUUAGUAAUUGAUGGGUCUUCGAGUGAGGCCCAAUUACAACAAGAAGUAGAAGAUGAUAUAUUAUGAAGCCCAAUUAAGAAGCAGAUGAACGACGAUGAAAAAAUUGACACUGACGGUCCAGAAGCGCUCUCUAUCCUUCAUCAUCGGUCCAAGAAUUAAGAAGCAACAUCCACCACGUUCCUCAUCAUAUAAGCUGCAUCCCUUAAUUAGCGCCUUUAAAUAGACAUAUAAGAAGAUUCAAAUCGAAAUCAACAUUAAAGUUCGUUCAUCCUUCUUCUCUGCUUUUCCCUUAGAUAGCGCAACAUGGGAACAAGAAUGACGUUUCAGUUUCAAGAAAGGUAUAAUUUCCAGCACGAAAGAAUGUCUGGUGAAGCUAUACGUGUGGAGAGAGCAAGGAAGCAAAGUGCCAGCUAUGGAUUCAAAUUGGAUGGUGGGCACGUCAAGAAACAAUCACGUCUUGGGCUGCCGUUGAAAGCUUCACCUGCUAAAUCCAAGGAACAAAUUCAUUCAAUUUCCGAAGAUCAAAUGCUUGCAAAUUAUGUACCGGUAUAUGUGAUGCUCCCAUUAGGAGUUGUUACAAAUGAAAAUGUCUUAGAAGACAGAAUGAAACUGGAGAAACAACUCAGGAAGCUACACGAAGCAGGUGUUGAUGGCGUUAUGGUUGAUGUCUGGUGGGGCAUAGUUGAAUCAAAGGGGCCUGGGCAAUAUGAUUGGUCUGCUUAUAGGACCUUGUUUCGAUUGGUUCAAAAGUGCAAAUUGAAGCUACAAGUUAUAAUGUCGUUCCACCAAUGUGGGGGAAAUGUGGGGGAUUCGGUUUUCAUAUCACUACCUAAAUGGGUCCAUAAAGUUGGAGAAGCAAAUCCUGAUAUCUUUUACACCAACUGUAAGGGUAUCAGGAAUAAGGAAUGUUUAUCCCUCGGGGUGGACAACGAACCUGUGUUUCAUGGACGAAGUCCCAUUGAGGUGUAUGGAGACUACAUGAGGAGCUUCAGAGAUAAUAUGAAAGAGUUUCUUAAAUCUCAACUCAUGGUAGACAUUGAAGUAGGACUUGGCCCUGCAGGAGAACUCAGAUAUCCCUCUUACACUCAAAUUCUGGGGUGGGUAUUUCCUGGUAUUGGAGAAUUUCAGUGCUAUGACAAAUAUCUUAAAGCUGAUUUCAAAAAGGCUGCAGCAGAGGUAGGCCAUCCUGAGUGGGAGCUGCCAGAUAAUGCUGGAGAAUCGAACGAUAUACCGGAAUCUACAGAAUUUUUCAAAUCAAGUGGAACUUAUCAAACCGAGAAAGGCGUUUUUUUCCUGACAUGGUAUUCCAACAAGUUGUUGACCCAUGGUGAUGAUAUCUUGGAUGAAGCCAACAAAGUAUUCCUUGGUUACAAAGUGAAAUUGGCAGCAAAAGUUUCUGGAAUCCACUGGUGGUAUAAAACAGAAAGCCAUGCUGCAGAACUUACUGCAGGAUAUUACAACUUAAAUCAUAGGGAUGGAUACAGACCCAUAGCAAGGAUGCUUUCCCGACACAAUGCUAUUUUAAAUUUUACAUGCCUUGAGAUGAAAAAUGAUGAGCAACCAGUUAAAGCCCGCAGUGGAGCCGAGGAACUUGUCAAGCAGGUUCUUAGUGGCGGCUGGGCGGAGAACAUUGAAGUUGCAGGAGAAAAUGCACUCGCAAGAUAUGACCGUAAAGCUUACGACCAAAUCCUUUCACAUGCUAGACCGAACGGUGAUGCCAGAUCUGGCCAUCCCACACUAAAAAUGUAUGGCGUGACAUACCUCCGUUUAUCAGACAAUUUAAUGAUGCAAAGAAACUUUGACAUAUUCAAAGGCUUCGUGAAAAAGAUGCAUGCAAAUCUGGAUUACUGUCCGGACCCUGAGAGGUACUAUCAUUUCACAGGACCUAUGGAGCGAUCAAAGCCAAGGAUUCCAUUAGAGCUUCUUCUGGAAGCAACCAAACCAUUGGGGCCGUAUCCUUGGUUAAAGGAGACGGAUGUAACCCUGAGUGUGCUUACUGGUUUUCUUCAUUACAUACUUGCUACUGUUUUACGCAUACUCAGAAUAAAAGUAAACUAGCAAGGGAAUGUAAAUGAACGACGAAAUGGAGGAAUAAUAGAAAAAAAAAA